AUGUCGGUUGCGAGUGAGCCGACCCCUGGGUCUGGAUGCCGACUAAGAGGCGGCAGCGCUUCGUCAAAUAAUUCUACGGCAACACCUCCAAAUCAGGUUAAAAGAGGAGUUGCUGCGGGGCCCAUUCAUCAAAGGCCCAGACCCUGUCGUCUUUGCUGGUAUUGCUGUUGCAGUUGUUCAUGGUACGUAAAAAAAAAAAAAACAAUAACUUUAGGAUAA